UACACAAACAGGUGUCAUUAACGCCAUUAGUCGUUUAAAUAACCAAGAAAAUGUAGCUCGUUUUUAACCACUUUAACAUAUUUUAUUAAAAAUUUUAAAGCGCAUUUUAAAACCUUUUAAAGAUAAAAAGUAUUGUGAAGGUUAUAACCAUAUUUUUGUCAAUUAUAAUUGAAUGUUUUGUACAUAGUGUUUAGAUUUCGAAACUUCUGUUCUUCGUUUUCUGAAAAUCUCCUGGAACUCUUAUUUAUUUAGGUCUCGGGUCUAGUUUCAAGUCAAAGAGGAUGAGUAUUAAACGAAGAAAAAUACUUUAUCUGGACCAAGACGAACGACUUGAAAUAACAAAUUGGUUAAAUGCAAGAACGAGUGUCGCAAUAGUGGCUCGCGAAUUCGGAAUUUCGGAAGCGACAGUUCGACGAAUAGGCAGAGAAGAUAAAAAGUUGUUGAAACUUGGCUUGAAGGUAAAACCUAUUCAUAAAAGAAGUUCGCAACAAAAGAAACGUCUUCUUCUCGACGAAUGUCUGCUUUUAUGGUACAAGCAGAGAAGAGCCUUAAGUGAAUCAGUUGUCUCAGCAAUAAUUAAAGACACAGCUCGAAGUAUGAGCGAAACCUGGCCCGAAUUAGAAGAAUUUAGUGGCACCAAUGCCUGGUUUUCUAGAUUUAGGAAUCGGCACGGUAUCAAAGUCAAAUAUGCUCUUCGAAAUGUGAAGAGUUUUUGGAACUCGGAAGACCACCAAGAAUUCCAGACGCAUCUUGCCGAACUGAAGAAGGAACACGGAGUUGAAGAUCAUCAAGUUUAUGAUGCGGAUGAAAUCGAAGUUUAUUGGAGGCUCUUGCCGAAUAAACUUGGCCAGAAAGUUUAUGAGGACAAAGUGACAGUCAUGGUUUGUACUAAUGCAACUGGAACUCACAAGGUCCCAUUGCUUGUUAUUGGGAGCGAGAAAAAUCCUAAAUGUUUCGAGGGCGUAUCGAAACUUCCGGUUUAUUAUGUGGCGCAGAAAGAUGCGCUGAUGGAUAGAGAGCUUUUACUUUAUUGGUAUGAAAACGUAUUUUUGCCCUCGGUUCGAGAAUAUCAUAGUGAGACCCAGAAGACGGAAAAAGUACUAUUGAUUAUGGACACGGCUCCGUUUCGGCCUACAAAAGCGGAUUUUGAUUCCUUCGAACCGAUGAGCACAGUGGAGUUUUUUCCACAGAAUAUUCCGUCUAUCAUUCAUCCGAUGAGUUGCGGAAUAACAAAAGAUUUACGAGUGAUUUACAAAGAAUUAUUUGUCAAAAAUUUGUCCAAGGCGAAAAACGAAAUGCUUGUGGAAGCUAUGGUAGAAAAUUACAGUUUCGUCGAUUUCUGUUUUUUAAUCGCAAGCGCUUGGGAAGCUGUUAAAGAAGAAAAUAUAACACACGCUUGGAGUAAAAAUUUAUCAGAAUCUGAUUUCUCACAGGAUAGAAUUAAGCAAGAAAGAGAACAAUUAAUGCGAGUUGUGCAACAAAUUCCGGGAUAUGAACGUGCCUUUUUGGAUGGAGUGAUAUCCUGGGUACAUAAAGAAACUAUUCGACCUGGUUGGAAAGUCAUGACGAAUGAUGAAAUCGUUAAGAUUGUAACUGGAUAUUCAAACGAAACUUCUGAUUUUAUAUGCAAAGAAUCAGAAAUGAAAGAGGAAAUUUCCGAUUCUACAGACGGUUAGAGAAAUUUUUUUAAAACUGUCUUUCUAAUCACUUUUCAGACAUUUUUGUUGUUUUUUCAUAUUUGUUCUCUUUUUGAAUUUU